AUCAGAAUGAUUGUAUUGUUAUACUUGGUACAAUAUGUGAUAUGUCAACAGGAGAUGAUAUCGACACCAGUAUCUUUAAACAAUCAAACUGAUAAAGUGGAUGAAGUGGAAAUUAAUAUAACAGAUUACGAUGAAAAUUUAAAAUCAGAUGAUGCUGGUGAAAAUGUAAUUGAUAGAAUUAUAUUUGGUGUUAUCAUAUUUUUGAGAAACCUAUUUCCAAAUAGUAUGGAGGCAAAUGAAAUUUUCAAUACAACUUUGAGUGUAUAAAAUGAGCUUCAUGAAGUUCAUAACAUUCGAUUACUUGGAUUAAACAAACAUAAUCAUGUUGUUGUGAGUGAAAUACAUUGAUAAAUCA